CAUGCGAGAUAUGUGCGCGAAUGUGGCAGGAAUCCGUCUAAGCGUUCGAUUGAAAUUGUCUAGGCCCGCACCAGACGAAUAACAAUAGCACGGAGUUGACAACAUUUUGCGUUAUCUUUUGUCCCAGAGUGACAACUUGAGCUGUGAUUUUAAAUAGACUAAUUUUAAAUUGUUAUCUUUUAAAUCUACAGAUAGUGUCUGGAAAGUAAUUAAAAGUGCAAAAUGUGUGAAUUAAAAAAGAUGCUCGUGCUUUUCAUCCUGCUAUGCCAUGUAUUUGCUCAUGAAACUCAACGGUUGGGUACAGAAGAAAAUACCUUACAGAACCCAAGAGUUUGUAUUGACGACGGAUGUUUGCGCGGGAAAACCAUGGAAGGCUAUCAGGCUGGUCCGUUCAACGCUUUCAUCGGUAUCCCAUACGCAAAACCACCCACUGAAGAGCUUAGAUUUUCCAAUCCAGUCCGUAAUGAACCUUGGAAAAGAGGAAUAGUUUACAACGCAACUGAAGAUAAACCAAUGUGUGUACAAAAGAACGAUCUCCUUCCAAAUGCCAAAGUAUCCGGAGAUGAAGAUUGUUUGUACUUGAAUGUUUAUCAACCAAUGGUUCACAGUUCAUCAAAAACACCGCUCCCGGUUAUGGUUUACAUUCAUGGAGGUGGAUUCUUUGCUGGUGGUGCAAGUCCUUCUAUAAUAGGACCAGAAUACUUUAUGGACACCCGUCGGGUUAUUUUGGUAACAUUCCAGUACAGAUUAGGCGUGUUUGGGUUUCUUUCUACGGGCGAUGAGGUCGCUCCGGGAAAUUUUGGACUCAAAGAUCAGGUCAUGGCCCUGCGGUGGGUGAAACAUAAUAUUGCAUAUUUUGGAGGAAAUCCCGACUUGGUGACAAUAUUUGGCCAGAGUGCCGGAGGAGCAUCGGUCCACAUGCACAUGAUUAGCCUGAUGAGUGACGGACUUUUCUCCAGAGCUAUCGUGAUGAGUGGCAAUGCAAUUGCGCCAUGGAACAUUCCGACCGAGGAUCCUUUGAGUUUGGCCCAGAGGCAAGCAGAAGCAGUGGGUAUCGCGCAAGUGGAUACGCUUUCCUCAAAGCAGUUGGUCGAUGCUUUGAGAAAUGUUGAUGCAAAUGUGCUUUCGGAAAGUAUCGAUAAAUUAAAAUUUUGGUCAAUCGAUCCACUAACCUUGUAUAGACCGGUUGUGGAACCGCUUUGUUCAUCAAAUGAAUCUUUUUUAAUCGAAGAUCCUCGUAUUUCUUGGAGGAAAGGUAGCUAUCACAAAAUUCCUUGGAUGACCGGAUACCUUCCAAAUGACGGCGCAGUUCGAGCUAUUGCAAUCACAUCUAAUAAAAAACUUCUGAAUGAGUUAAAUGCUAACAUUAGCUACAUACUGCCCAUGCUCCUGGAGAAACCACCCUCGCAGGAAUUGAUGAAAGUAUUAAAACAUCGAUACUUCAAUGAUAGCACUGACGAGAAGUGGAUAACAACAGAAAACGCGCAGCGAUUGGUCGAUCUCUACACCGAAGCGGCGUUUCUGUAUCCGAUUCACUCGGCCGUAAAACAGCAUGUGACUUCCGCUGACACCAAGCUGGCACCGGUUAGCAUCUACAAGUUCAGCUUCAAAGGUCCUUAUUCGUACUCGUUCCUGUACACUUUUACCCACCAAGACUUUGGCGUAGUGCAUUGCGACGAGCUCAUCUACCUCUUCCGAUCCCCAGCGCUUUUCCCCGACUUUCCGCACAAGUCCAAAGAGGCGCGAAUGUCGCACCACUUUGUAGAGUUUUUCAUCGAUUUCGCCAUCAAUGGAGUGGCUACUCCAUUGAAACCAUACCGAGGAUGCAACAAUGACAAUGAGGUCUACCAAUCAAUGGAUUGUGAUGUACUAGAGUUCAUAAAUUCUAGCGAACCUGGCAAGCCUUUCGAAGUACGUGUAUCAAAUGGUCGGAAUGAGGAUCUAUUCAGCUUUUGGAGAAAAUUUUACUAAAUUAACUCAUGGUUAGAAGAAAUAUAAUGUGAUACUUGUAUAGUGCUAAUUCAGAACGCAUUCCUGACAAAACGUGCCAAUAUAAUCGGAGCGAUUGGUUUACUGCCAAAAAGAUUAUUAGUGUUUCAAAUUUGCAAACAAAUGUCUAUCAAAUAUAAAUAUAAAUCAGACAAAAUAUUGUUUUAUAUUUUUCA